AUGGCCGAAGUCAUAGGCCUCGCAGCUAGCAUCAUCCAGAUUGCGGGGGCUGGCGCCAAGCUCAGCGUCGCGUUGUACAACUUUACAAACUCAGCCGCGCGGGCAGACCAAGACGUCAAGGACAUUGCCGAUGAUGUAGAGCUCACAUCGAAUGCGCUUGAAAGCGUAGGCAGGGUGUUUGAGUCCGAGGAGGCCGGAUCCAUCGUGUCGAAGAAGGCUAUCCAGGACGCUGGCAACAUCAUCAAGAAGUGCCAAAGCGUCUUCGACGAAGUAUCAGAGAUGGUAGAGAAGAGGAGGAAGGUUGGCAAGAAUGGAAAAAAGAGUUUGAGCGUGAUGGGUAAGCUGGCUUGGCCGAUGAAGGAACAGCGGGUCGAAUUAAACCGAAGGAGGCUCGAGAGUUUGAAGAACAGUCUUGUGCUUUUGCUACAUGUUUUGCAAUUAGCCCAAGGCCAGGCUCGAGGAAGAAUGGAAAAAGGUGUCUUGGAUGAAGAGCGUGACAAGAUCCGCGAGUUGCACCAACGACAGCAGGACUCACUCAAAAGCCUACAGGCCCUCGAAAAUAGAUUCUGCCAUAUCGCAAUCGAUGACGAAGUAACCCUCCGAGGGUCAAGCAUCGCCUCCCGUGUUCCAACUUUGGAGCUUAUGACUAGCGCUCCCGUUAUGAAGCUCCCUCCGCUAGAGAACCCUUCAAAGCCUCAGAAAGACACCAUUAACAUCGAACUCUCAUCCGCAGAUGAUUCAGACACUUCUGAUAGCGACGCUACGAUGUCAGGCGAUGAUAAUGAGGAGCAGAUCUCGACCGAAGAACUGGCAAGAGCAGCGGACCAUGUGAAGAAACUUCUGAAGCGCAUCACAAUGUUACAGAAGAGCUUUGGUGUCGACAAGAAGCAACAUCGAAAGCGACACGUACACAAGAUGUAUAUACGCUUCUGCCGAAAGUUUGAACCAGGAAUUAAACCUUCGGUGAAAGAGGCCAAUUUCGGAGAGUCGAGAGCCGGUGAUUCCUUUGAGUUAUACGACAGCGGGGGUACUUUGGAGUGCUUUGACUUUGACAGCUUUCUUCACGUUCCGAGGGAGACCACGCCGUUUCAAUUGCUUGAUUUCAAUUUCCCCGCAGAACAGCACUCAGAGCCUCAGCAAGCAAACCAUCUCGAAACCAUGCCAUCGAUACAGGCCUCUCAGCGCCCGCCUCUUACAUCAGCCGAUUCGAUCGAACCAGUUCUGUCAUCCUCUGCGCAAAUGUCCCCCUACCCUCCAGUGCCGAGUGGAAGUGCAGCCUCAGACUUUCCGUUGGAUCUGUCUAGUCAGCAACAACGACAUAGUCUUGGUCAAGGACAGUCAGCACUGGCUCAGCAGACUCCUGAAACAUUAUCGCAGACGCUCAAGCGCAGCACCAACAAGCUCAUUCGCAUGCUGUAA